AUGCAACCAAAUCCCCCAACGAGCAGCCUCCGGGCCCUUCCCCCCCUCCUCCUCCUCCUCCUCCUCUCCCUUCUCUGCGCCGCCGAGCCUGCGCAGUUCUGCAAGUUCGGCCACCUUUCCGGCCAGGUCGACUUCUGCAGCAGCCUCACCGCGCACCGCAACUCCUCCACCGGCGACCACAACCUCUACCUGACCUUCACCCACUCCCGGCCCCUCAACUCCGCCCUCGGCUGGGGCGCCGUCGGCUUCGGCUCGCAGAUGGCCGGCUCGCUCAUGGUCAUCGUCUACGGGGACCCGUCCUCCGGCGCGCCGCCCGUCGUCAGCGUGCGCGCCUCCACCGGCCACGCGCAGCCCGCCCUCGUCACCCGCGCGGACCUCGCCGGCGGCGACCUGCGCGUGCUGCGCUCCGACUGGCGCCUCGACGACGCCCGCGGGACGGCCGCCGCGAUCGUCUCGCUGGUCUGCUACUCGUGCACGCGGUGGCCCGGGACCAAGAUCUCGGCCGCGGCGCGCUCGCAGCCGCUGGUCUGGGCGUGGAACCGGGACCAGGCGUUCGACGUGUUCGCGUACGACGCGCACCUCCGCAUGCACGCGCACCGCGCGGGCAACGGCGGCUGGGGCCGCUUCUACGUGGACAUGGUGCGCGCCACCAGCACGGUCCCGCAACUACCCUCCGUGCCCUUCAUCCGGCCCGGCGUCGCCGCCUGGGCGGCCUCCGAGGAGCCGAGCCUGCUCGCCGGCGGCCUCGUCGACGCCGUGAAGCAGUGGGCGGGCAGGGACCGCGCGCUGCACGUCCACGGCGCGCUGAUGGCCGCCGCGUUCCUGGUCCUGCUGCCCGCCGGCGUCGUGGCCAUGCGCUCCGGCGGUCCCCGGUCCCUCACCUACCACUGGGUCGUCCAGCUGACCGCCGCCGCGCUCAUCCUCGCCGGCAUGGGCGUCGGCGUCUCCCUGCAGAGGAGGAUCGAUACGCCGCACCAGGUCCUCGGGCUCGUUGUGGUCGGCGCGCUGGUUGUGCAGUCCGGCCUCGGGUAUAAGCACCACGUCGACUUUGUGCGGAUCCGGCGGCGCGCGUGGAUCUCGCACGCGCACAUCUGGACCGGCCGCGGCGUCAUGGUGGCCGCCUGCGGGAACCUGCUCCUCGGCAUGACCGUGCGCGGCUACCCGCGGGCGGUCACGGGGCUGGCGGCCGCGUUCGUGGUGCUGGAGCUCCUCGGGCUCGCCGUGUUCGUGUGGCGCCGGGGUCGGGUGGCGGCGCGGGAGACGCGCCGGGUAGCGUUCAACGAGGCGGAGCGGCAGCAGACGGCGCAGACGCACCGCUACUUUGCCAUCGGCGACGACACGGACGAGGAGCAGAGCGACGCGGAGGGCGAGUCCGGGAAGCUGCGGAAGUCGGAGGAAGGGUCUGCGGAGUCCCGGUAA